AUGAUUCGGCUGCUUCAUGUCUCGGCUGUCGUCCAUUUUUGGCUCUUGUCCGCAUCUCACACCCUUUCAUUUGACCCAAGAACAAAAGCAAGGAUAAACGGCGACUUGCCUUCUGCCUCCAAAAAUGAUGGAGGCGCGUCUCGACGCUACUCGAGCAGCAGCACCAAAGCCCGCAAGGAGGAAGACAAGCAGUUCGGAAUCGGGCUCGAGGAUGACAAAUUUUCCCAAACUGCUUCGGAAAACCCGGAGAUAUUUUCGGAGCAGACCUGCAUGACCGCGGAGGAGGCCUCUGCCGCAGUGAACCGCUUCUCGAAGCUUCUCCAGUUCCGUACUGUCAGCUCGCCGACCGUCCAGCACCACGUGUUGGAGCCGGGGGAGUUCCGGAGGCUGCAUGAGUGGGUCGCGGGCGCGUAUCCCGAGGUGUGGAAGGCCAUGAAGGUGGAGGAGGUGGGCUCCGGAAACCUGAGCUUCCUGCUGACGUGGGAAGGCGAUGGCGGCAGCAGCAGCAGCAGCAGCAGCGGCAGGGGGGAUUCGCAGUCGUCGCUGCCGGUGCUGUUCCUCUCGCAUCUUGAUGUCGUACCGGUGGCGAACGAGACCCUGGCUAACUGGACGUACGGCCCAUUCAGCGGGGCCGUGGAGGGGGGUUUCGUGUGGGGCCGGGGAGCAUUGGACGAUAAGGUGGGCGUGUCGGCGCUCCUGGAGGCGGCCACGCUGCUCCUCCGGGGGGGUUGGCGACCUCAGCGCACUGUGUACUUCGCAUUCGGGCACGACGAGGAGGUUGGCGGGGAGCUGGGCGCGGCUCGCAUAGCGGACCUCCUGGCGGAACGCGGCGUCAUGGUAGAUAUGGUGUACGACGAGGGUGGAUCCAUUGCAUCCGAUGGAUUCCGGCCGUACAGCUCCCGGCCCCUCGCGCUCAUCGGAACUGCGGAAAAGGGCUUUGCAACCGUUAAUGCGCUCAUCUCUGUCGCAGGCGGCCACUCCUCCCUUCCGCCCUUGGACGGCAGCAGCGCCGCCGCCGUCGCCGCGCGCCUCGUCACCUUCAUAGACCGCCGGCCCCCGCCCGCGACCCUCGUGGAGCCGGUCACCACCCUCCUAGCCGCCACAGCGCCCGCAGUUCGCAACACGGCUGCGGUUACCUGGUUGUACCUGGGGUUCGCCGAGAACGUGUUGCCCCCGGCAGCCACCGUACGGAUCAACUUCCGCUUGCUGCCGGGCAGCAACAUCUCCACGGUCCUGGAGUACUUGAGGGCGGCGGCGGGCAGGGACCUUCCGCACGUGACAUUCGAGCUCGAUGGCGGCCAGAACGCGAGCCUAGCUACGGCGGUCACCUCCGCCACGAGCCCGUACUUCCAGAUGCUCAAGACGGCGCUGCAGGAGGUAUACCGGCUGGCUGACAGCACCGAACCCUUGGACGUGGCGCCCACGCUCAUGGCUGGAGGGACGGACUCCAAGCACUACCUGUCCAUCAGCCGAGGAGGCGCGCUGCGUCAGACGCCUGUAUCGCUCAACCGAACAGCAGGCGAUGGCCACCGAGUUCACGGCCUUAAUGAGCGGGUGUCGGUGGGGGACUUUGGCCGGGCGGUCUGCGUUAUGAGGCGACUGUUGCAGCUGGCGGGCCAGCUGCCGCCAGAUUCCGGUUCAAAAGCCCCUGCGCGGUAA